AUGGCUGCACAUAGCAACGAGUGGCAACCGCCGCUGGCGCGGGUGCGGACGCAAACAACGCUUGCGGUGACAGUGUCGGCGGCCAAGGGUGUGCCUGCUACGGUUCGCGGACAGGUCGAGGUGUGCGAGACCGGCAAUGGCUUGGCGAGGUGGACGCAGGUGACGGCCGACGCCUCACAGGCUCCGUUCUGGGGCGAGUCGUUUGUCGUCCCGCUCGACACACGCUUCGGCUCGCGCUGUGUCAGGCUUACUCUCUAUGCUCAAACCGCUGCCCGCCAUCCGUAUCCCAUCGCCGCCGUGUCGCUCUCCACCCACGACCAGCUCGACCCGGCGCACUCGACCCUCGAGUCGGGCCACAUCGAGGCCUGGUACCCGCUUACUCUCCCGCGCAUCACCCUCGGCGGUGCCUUUAUCCACGGCGAGCUUCUGCUCGAGCUCAAGCACACUCCAGCCUCGCUCUCCGAUCCUGCUAUGAUCUUUGUUCGCGUCCGCAGAGCGGUCGGUCUCGCGCCGCGUGUCGACGGCACCGCCCACCCUUAUGUCUCGCUCUCGUUUGUCGGCGUCGAGGCCAAGACAAAGGUCGUCAAGUCGAGCCUCGAUCCGGUCUUUGUCGCUGACGGUGCCGAGAAUGAGGACGAGACUUUCUUUGCCUUUAAGCUCCCAAAAGGCGUCGACAUCGACUCGCCCUCGUUCACCUCGCGCCUCUCGGUCUCGGUCUGGUCUACCACGCCGCGCGGCAUGACAACGCUCCCUGCGCCAGCCUUUCUCGAUCCGCCGCCUGCAGUCGCCGACGAACUCGGUCUCGCGCCCGAGUAUCUCGACAUGCUCGCAGCGUACAAGGCGGCCGCCAGCUCGUCGGCUUACGCUGCCGCCACUCUGGCCAACGGUGCGUUCAUGGGCGCUGCGCACGUCGACUUCAAGUCGCCGGCUCUCCGCCACUCGCUCGCCUCUGCGCAAGUCACCCCGCUGUGGCUCACCCUCGGCGAGGUCCUCCCGGGCAUGUCGCAAGUGGCGAUGGCGCUUCCGUCGGGCGCCGGCGCACUCGGCUCUAUCCGCCUCAAGACGCUCUUGGUCACCGACCGCAUCCUCUCGCUGCGCCACUACGCACCGCUGGUGUACCUGAUGGAAGACCCCAAGCUACGGGCGAUUGCCGCGCUUGGUAGCCACACCCGCGCCCGCGAGGACGCUGCCCGUGCGCUUGUCAACGUUUUUGCCGCCCGCCGCCGUGCCGUCUGGCUCCUCAACACGCUCAAUCAGGCCGAGGUCCGCGCCACCAGCGAUCCAGCCAUCAUCUUUCGCGGCAACACCAUCGCCACCAAGGUCAACGACGCGUACCUCAAGCUCAUCGGCAUGGACUACCUGCACUCGGUCCUCUACAAGCCCAUCGCCUUCCUAUACAAGACGUCGCUGCCGCUCGAGGUCGACCCAAGUCGCCUCGGGCCCGACGACGACCUCGACCGCAACUGGCACUACCUCAAGACCGUUGCCAACGAAGUCUGCGACGCCAUCUUCAACUCGGUCGAUGCCAUGCCGCUCCCGCUCCGCAUCGUCUUUGGCUUUCUCCAGCAAGAGGUUCUCGACUCGUUUCCGGGUAACAACGUCACCCCGUACACUGUUGUCUCGGCUUUUCUCUUCCUCCGCUUCUUUUGUGCCGCCAUUCUCGGCCCGACCCUUUUCGGCCUCGCCGAGACGCUCGCCUCGCCGACGGUCGCGCGCUCGCUCACCCUUGUGGCCAAGACUCUGCAGAACCUGGCCAACCUCAUGACCUUUGGUCCCAAGGAGCCGUACAUGGCGCCGAUGAACGAGCUCAUCGAGGGCCGCAUGGAUGAGAUGCGCCAGUUCCUCAACGCCGUUGCCUCCAUUCCAGACUCGGCGCCGCGCAUCGUUGAUACCCAUGCGCUCGAGCGGUGUACGCCCGACAGCAUCGACCUCGAGCGCGAGCUCGCCCUCCUCCACCAGCACUUUUUUCGCUGCCGUGACGGCAUCGCCGCCGAUGCUGCCACCGACAGCCCGGCGCCCGGUGAGACGCGUGCCGUCCUGCCCGACCUUGUUGCCACCAUUGACACCAUCGCUCUGCUUGUCGAGAAUCCGCCGCCGUCGCCGGAUGUGCUCGACAAUGCCGUUGCUGCCGUCACCGCCAUCGCGCCUCAGUUUGCUGGCUACUCGGUCGAGACGGGCGCACCCGAGCUUGCGCUUGAGACCGCGUCUCUUCACUCCAACGCCGAGUUUUACGCCGACGCCCAGGAAAUGGACCGCAAGCUGCGAACCAAGAGCAUGGCCCGGCACGCAUCGCUCUCGUCGGCCCGCGCACGCGCGCUGAAGGCCCGCGCUAAGCGCAACGCCGAGAACGACGUUGUCGGCUCGAUUGACGACCUGGUGGCUCUCGGCGCGAACGAGCCCUCCGCUUCCGAUGCACCCGGUGCUUCGUCGUCGCCUUCAUCAUCCACUCCGCCACCGGCCUCCCGCCCGGACAUGCGCAACCGGCUCGGUCCAGGCGUCCGCCCUGGCAAUCCGACCCACCGCCCGCUGUCGGCCGGCGGCGUGCCGAGAUCGGCGGCGGAGACGGUGUGGGACGCCGCUGCCUUUGACGCCUUUGUCUCGUCGCUCAACCUCUACACCAAGACCAUCCAUCGCACCUGCCACGACGUCUUCAACGGUUUUGCCAUGAUCUCUUUCCUAGCUUCGCUCCGACCCAACAACGACCGAGCGGCAGCAGCCUCGGUCGCCAACGUUCUGCUCGCGCGUGGUGUCUUCCGCGCCGUCGAAGCCGCGCCCAAUGGGCAGCCGCUCGCCAUGCGCGACGACCGGGUCACCCUCUACACCCUCCACGAGGAUGGCAUUCCCGCUGGCGACAAGCUCUUCCGCCUCAUCGACAAGAUGCGUCUCUCAGUCACGUUUCGUGACGAGACGCUGUCGGUCAAGCAGCACCGGCUCUUCCGCGGCAUGGACGCUGUCAACUACUUUGUGGGCAGGUUCAAGACGCCCGACCGCCGCGCUGUCACCCUCUACUGCCAGAGCUUGAUGGACCAUGGCAUCUUUGCCCCGUUUGAGUUUGCCUCGUUUGAGGACUCGACCCGCCUCUUUGUCGUCCGCACGCCGGUCGAGGCCUCGCCGCUGGCGUCACCAUCGUCGCCGUCUCCCGCGCCGUCGUCGCCGUCCAACAGCGCUGCGCCUGCUCCGGCUCCAGCCCCGGCCCCGACUCCGGCCGACAACGACGAUUCCUCGUCAGACGACGACUCGGACGACGACGCAACCGCCGCCGCCGCUGCAGCUCGGCAGGUCGAGGCGCAGGCCAUGCUGGUCAUGACCAAGUGGACCAACAAGCUGUUCAUCUCGAUGGGCAAGCCCAGCCUGCGGGUCGACGAUCCGGCCUCGGACUACACCUCGGGCGUUGUGCUCAACCUCGUGGUCCAGUUCUGUUACCCGACAUUUGUCAAGUCGCAGGUCUUUCAGUUCUUUGCCGCGCCCUCGACUGACGCCGAGUACUACGCCAACAUCUCGGCCGCCGUCGACUAUCUCUCCGGCAUCGGUGUGCCAUUGCUCACCGGCUACGCCUCGAUUCCUGUCCUCGUCAACAAGAUCCGUUCCGGCAACCAACGCGCCACUCUCACCGCCCUCAACCUCAUCCGCAAGCAUCGCCCGCGGUAA